AACCGCCCCCCCCCAAGUCACUCAGACGGACUGGCCACGGCGGUAGCCCGUGAGUACCGAUCUUUGGCCAUAGAUUCUUCUCGACUGGCGUAGCUUCCAGGAACUCAACGACGGCAAUAAAGAAAUCCGCAAAAACACAGCCGCGUUCACGCCUUAUAAGAUGACAGCGUUGCCUGCGUUGCGCUACCCAUUCUCGACUUCGAGAUCGGAUCGUUCUGAGCUUAUUCUAGGGUUUCCUGGGUUUGAGAUUAUUCUCGUCUGCCUAAUUCUUCAGCAGAUUCCUGAGGCAGUUGAAAAGCCACAUUUCUCUUCCGAUAACCUAGGGUUUCUCUACCUGUGUUGUCUUCAUGGAAAUUCAUCACUCGGAGUUUAUCGACACCCUAAUUCGGGAAUACAAGUGUUCGGGAUCAACGAAAGGGUUCAAACCAGAUCCCAAGUCUAUAUCUGCUUUUCCGGAAAGAAAUAUGGUGAGUGACAUCAAACACGGCGAUCCUGUUUCAGAUCGUUCAAGUGAUGCAUAUCUUAGCAAUGUUUCAGCUCAAUCUCUUGGGAAUCAUGAUUUGGGUGUUCUGUCAAAUGGUCAAAACCUUAGUAAUUUUACUCAGUCUUCAGGGGUGAGCUCCGAGGUGGAGCUCCCCGAAGAGUAUGAUGCCUCUGAUGCAAUUUUCAAGUACAUAGGCCAGAUGCUUAUGGAAGAGGAGGACUUGGAGCAUAAACCCUGCAUGUUUCAGGAUUGCUUGGCUCUCCAAGCCACAGAGAAAUCGUUCUGUGAUGUCCUAUUGGGGAGGAACCUCUGUUCGCUCGAUGAUCAAUCAUCCCCUUCGUUUGUUCCUGAUCAAAAUGAAGAUAGCCCGAUUCACAACUUCAGUAGAACUUGCAGUAGUCAGAGUAGUAACAGCUCUGCCACUUUCGACAACUUCUUGGAGUUAGAACUGCCUCGUGACAGAGACAAAUUUCAAUCCUCUGUUACACGCUCUUCUCGUGUUGAUUACCACUUUGAUUCCUCUUGGCAGUCAUUUGGCUCAUCAAACAGCUUUUCUGAGGCUGCAGAUGGGUCAGUGGACUCUUUUGUUAGUCCACUUGAGCUUUUUUAUUCAUCCAAUAGGAGCCCAAUUGUCUCACUGUCUGAAAGAGGGGUUCCUGAAUUUUCCCAAUUGCUUCAAUAUGCUGAUCGCGUGAAUCAUGAUGAAAAGAGCUUGAAGGCCGUGGUUGAAGCCGAGGAAAAUGGGGGAGACCAUUCACCAUCUGGGCCAAGGGGAAAGAAAAGCCAUUAUCGCGAGGACGGUGAUUAUGUGGAAGAUAGCCGGAGUAACAAGCAGUUCGCAAGUUAUGCUGAGGAGUCGGAUGAGCAAACAAAGAUGUACGAUGAGGUGUUGCUUUGUCCCCAUUGGAAUCCUCAUUUGCGGCAGGAAUCUGCAACACUUCCUGAUGGUGUUGGACCCAGAAGUAAGCUGCAGCAGAAUGGCCAGUUAAAAGGAUCGAGUACAGGGAGGCUUCGUGGUAAGAAACAAGGGAACAAAAAGGAAGUGGUGGAUUUCAGCACUCUCCUUACUCAGUGUGCCCAAGCCGUGGCAAUCAAUGAUGGUAGAACCGCUAAAGAACUGCUCAAGAGGAUUAGGCAACACUCUUCUCCUUAUGGUGAUGGUUAUGAAAGGUUGGCACAUUUCUUUGCUAAUGCUCUCGAGGCGCGCUUGGCUGGUGUUGGGGCCUCAUUGUAUACAGCUUUUGUUUCUGCAGGGAUAUCAGCUGCUGAUAUUUUGAAAGGUUACCAAUUAUAUAUUAAAGCAUGUCCUUUCAAGAAGCUGUCGAACUUCUACGCAAACCAAUUGAUUAAGAAACUAUCGAGCAAAGCAACGAGCCUUCACAUAAUCGAUUUUGGUAUUCUUUAUGGCUUCCAGUGGCCCUGCCUUAUCCAGGUCCUUUCCAAGAGGCCUGAUGGUCCUCCUAAGCUUCGUAUCACUGGGAUCGAUUUUCCCCAACCUGGUCUGCGCCCAGCAGGAAGGGUUGAGGAGACAGGACGCCGGCUGGCAAAGUACUGUGAUAGAUUUAAUGUUCCUUUUGAGUACAAUGCCAUAGCAAAGAAAUGGGAAACCAUCCAGCUUGAGGAUCUCAAGAUUCAGAGGGAUGAGGUGCUUGUCGUUAAUUGCUUGUACCGGCUAGGUAAUGUUCCUGAUGAUACGGUAGUGGUGAGUAAUCCACGGCAUGAAGUUCUAAAAUUAAUCCAGAGGAUUAAUCCAGAUGUAUUUGUCCAUGGAGUUGUUAACGGGACAUACAAUGCCCCCUUUUUCCUGACUCGAUUCAGGGAGGCACUCUUUCACUUCUCGUCACUUUUUGAUAUGUUUGAUGCUACUGUAGAUCGUGAAGAUCAGUACAGGAUGCUCUUUGAGAGAGAAUCCUUUGGAAGGGAUUUGAUGAAUGUCAUAGCGUGCGAGGGUACACAAAGGGUUGAAAGACCCGAAACAUACAAGCAAUGGCAAGUUCGGACUACAAGGGCUGGAUUCAGGCAGCUGCCACUUGACAAGGAGAUUGCCAAGGAACUAAGGGAUAGGGUGAGAAAGAAUUACAACAAGGACUUUGUGGUGGACGAGGACUGCAACUGGCUGUUGCAGGGUUGGAAAGGGCGAAUCAUCCAUGCUAUCUCCUGUUGGAAGUCUUGUAAAGAAUUCUAAGUAGCAAUAGUUCUUGUUCUUCUACUGCUCCGAAUCUUCCUGCCCUGCCAAUCAACAAUUUGUGAGCCGGAGGAGAGGUACUAUGUAUACAAUUGGCUCUCCUUUCAAUCUUAUGGCCAGUAGAAUAAAAUUGGUGUUUCCUUUUCUUUAAGAAAGGGAGUAGUGAUGUGAUAUGAUGUUCACCGCUGAACUUUGAGGCAAUAUAAAUAUGAUCUUUGUUUGUCCACA